AUGGACAGGGCGAGGUGGCAGCGGGUACUGACCCUCCUCCCCAUCUGCCUGGCUCUUGUCUUCUCCCUCACAGCCAUGGGCAGCAGCCACUGGUGUGAGGGGAUCCGGCGGAUGACCAAACCACUGUGCCAGGACCCGCUGGGGGGAGGGAACUGCAUUCAGGUCAGCCAGGCCAGCAACAGCACCGGCAGGGGACACGAUGACAGCCAGACUGUCCAGUACAUCUGGGAGACAGGCGAUGACAAAUUCAUCCUGCUCAGGUUCCAUGCAGGGCUCUGGCAGUCCUGUGAGGAAAGCCUCAACGGCACAGGCGAGCAAUGCAGGUGCUUCCUGGGGGUGGUGCCCACCGAGGCACAAGGUGUUUUGUGGCUCUCCAUUGGGGCUGAAGUUUUGGAUAUCUUCCUGAUACUGACAGGUGUCAUCUUCCUGGGCUGCAGUGUGAGUCAUUGCCAUUCUGGAUGCAACUGGCUCAAGGUGGAUGCCUCGGUGGCCAUCCUCAUGGUGCUGGCAGGACUCCUGGGUAUGGUGGCCCACAUGAUGUACACAACUAGUUUUCAAAUCACUGUGAACCUGGGGCCAGAAGAUUGGCGGCCUCAGACAUGGGACUACGGCUGGUCCUAUUGCCUCGCCUGGGGAUCUUUCGCCCUCUGUAUGGCUGUGUCAGUGGCGACCAUGAGCAGAUACACCGUCACCCGGGCAAAGAAGCCAAAGGCACAGAAAUGCGGUCCAUACCCUCAGCACAACAUCCCACAGCCUGAAGCUUCACAGCAGGUUUGGCAAACAGGAGCUGCUCCUCGCCCCGUGGGACAAGUCUUCGUGAAUGUUCUUGGACACCCUCCCCCAACUAGAGGAGGCAAAGUGUCCAUGUGCUAG